AUGCAGUUCAUUACUACCACCAUUUACAUCGCCCUCGCGGCCUUGCCCAUCGUCAGUGCCAACGGUUGCUACUCGGGUGGAAACACCUAUGCUCAAUACGGAAGCGCCGACGACCUUAACACCGCUCGUGCCGAAGCAUGCAACGCUCUUACUCGCACCUACUGCUCUACCAACGGCGCAGCGUCCAUUAACUUUAAGGCCAAGAGCAAUGCCGGCAGCCAAACUUUGACUCUUCUGACGGACGAUUGCCUCGCCGCUCUGACCACCGAGAUGGAGGCUUGUGCCCAUGGCAGUGAGCAGGAUCAUGGCUCGUUCCACUACACGGACGACCCCAACGCGGGUGCUUGUUAA